ACUUCCAACUUGACGAUACUAAAUCGUCGAUUUAAAAGAAGCCCGCGUGCAUUUCGUUUGGCAGAUUGAGGGACGUAGACACCCGCUAAGUGUUACUCCCCAAAAAGAACGGGAGUAAAUUUUGUUCCCUGCAUUGUACAGUUUGACUUAAAGAAAAAGCUUGCGCUGAUUUGUCGCUGUUGGGUUUUUUUUUUGGGUGGAAAUUUCGUUUGUUGACGUUUGAAAACCUUCCUUCUGGGCGGCCCCGCAAAGAGCCCAGUAGUUGGAGUUUAAAGGCAAGUUCAGAACAGAUGGCAGCAGAUCCGCCUUAAAGUGAAGUCCCUCCACGGCACCCCAACCCCGGGCAGCAUGAGUCUCUCACGCGUGCCUGCAAUGAUCUUUACACUGAGCUUGCACGAUGGAACUAAAAGGCGCCGGUAGAUCACUGGCGGGUUUUCGGUAGGAGACUCCAUGCUCGGAUUCCUGGAAGAAGAAUGGACUGCUGGAGGAUUUUAACUCCAACAUCUGUCUUGAUUCUGGCUUCCGUUUUGAAUUCCCUUGUCACUGCAAGUUUCUUGGAGACAAACCUGUGUAAGUGGUGUGACUAUACUAACCCAAUCUGCGAGGACAAAGUGUGUUACAGCAAUUGUACGUUGAAUUCCUACUGUGUGACCUCAGAGGAAAUAUGUGUGGCCAUAUGGAGGAAGAACAAUGAAUCCACGAGUGUGCAAACAAUGUGUCACUAUCCGCACUUACCAGUGGAGGACAUAAUAAUCACAACUUACAAUACAACAGUUUGCAUCAUGACCGAGCAGCCUGUUGGGAAAGGGAUAGUGUAUGUGUGUGGUUGUACCAAUGAACAGGAGUGUAAUGAUAAACUCAUUUUUGAAGCUGAACUAAAUGACUAUCCCAUACCACAAAGCAAUGAAGUCAUUCCUGUCGCCAUAUUGAGCCUUCUUCCACCCAUCCUUAUUGCCUUCAUGAUAACAAUGGCAUUCUACCUGUUUCGUACUCGACAACAAAGAAAAGUGACCAAAGAGUGGCCAGAGGUAGAACACCAAAACCGAACUAGGAUUGUCGACGGAAAAUCAGGCGAGUAUGAGGGAAAAUGCUCCGUGGAGACUGAUGACGGUCAUUCUGACAUCAGUGCGACGUGUGCCAACAAUAUCAACCAUAAUACUGAACUGUUGCCUAUUGAACUGGAUAGCAUGGUUGGGAAAGGAAGAUUUGCAGAAGUGUGGAGAGCAAAGCUCAAACAUAGCACUUCAGGACAAUAUGAGACUGUGGCAGUGAAAAUCUUCCCCUGUGAAGAAUACGCAUCGUGGAGGACUGAGAAAAAGAUUUUUUCAGAUGUUGACCUCAAACAUGAGAGUGUGCUGCAGUUUCUUACAGCUGAAGAGAGGGGAAGAGGAAUUGAAAAGCAAUACUGGCUAAUUACAGCCUAUCACAGCAUGGGAAACCUGCAAGACUUCCUGACCAAUCACAUUCUGACUUGGCCAGAGAUGUACGUGAUGACAGGAUCCCUGGUGAAUGGUGUUGCUCAUCUCCAUAGUGAUUAUACUGCCUGUGGAACCCCGAAGAUUCCCAUUUCUCACAGAGACAUAAAGAGCACGAAUGUACUAGUUAGCAACAAGAAGGAAUGCAUACUGUGUGACUUCGGGCUGGCGCUGAGGCUUGACCCAUCUCUAACUGCUGAUGACUUUGCUAAUAGUGGCCAGGUUGGCACAGCCAGGUACAUGGCACCUGAAGUUUUGGAAUCUCGUGUUAACCUGGAAGAUCUUGAGUCAUUUAAGCAGAUGGAUAUGUACUCCAUGGCCUUGGUAUUGUGGGAGAUGGCAUCUCGGUGUGAGGUCAUUGGAGAGGUGAAAAGCUACGAAUCGCCGUUUAGUUCAAAGGUUCGUGAACAUCCAUGUGUUGAAAGUAUGAGAGACAUUGUACUGCGGGACAGAGGCCGUCCUGAAAUCCCCAGCAGCUGGCUGGUGCAUAAAGGCAUGCACUUCCUCUGUGACACUAUUGUUGAGUGUUGGGACCAUGAUCCAGAGGCACGUUUAACAGCCCACUGCGUGGCUGAAAGGAUCAAUAUGAUGGCGCAAAUGAACUUUGAAGAUGUCCUCAAUAACAAUUCCGCCACUGAAGCAAGAAAGGGAGGAAGUUCUGAGCCCUUAAACCUUGGAAGCACUGCUGAACAUAAAAAUACUCAAGUAGUCACAGAUGUAUGAACAAAUUCAAGCAUGAAUUUUGAUCUUUUUGUGCAUGAAAUGACAUGACUGAGAGGAAAUAUUCAAAAAGCAUGUUAAAUGAAGAAAAUCCCCUUAAGAUAAUGUAUUAUUCAUAAUGAUUUAAUCUGAUGAGGUAUGUGAUUCCAAGUUAGUGCACACUUAAUCAUAAUGAAAGUCUGGCUUGUGCACUCAACUGCAGUGUACACUGCUGGCGUGCUUUCUGUUAUAAUAAUUUUAAGUGCAUUCUUCCUGUCCAAGUUGUGGAAACAAAUCUUGACACAAUUUAAUCACCAAAGAUGAUGUACUUUGAAGUCCAGAAUAUUAAUUACAUUAUACAUACAACUCAUUCUCUGUAAGGCAUUAAAUUACGCUCCAAAUAAAUCUAAAUUUAUGCUAAGCAACAAUGAUUAGUUGAAAUGGGGCAAAGUCAUUAUAAAAGGUUCUAUUAGAGGUAAUAAAUAUUUAUUAGAUGUCAUUUCCACAUAUCAAUGUGCUGGUAAAUUGGUUGCACAUUUGUUGGAAGUCAAUCGGUUAUGAUGGAUUCAGAUCUACGAUAUACAAGCAGUAGACUAGCUUAUUGAAUUUAAUUUUUGGAUACGGUAAAGAAAUUAUGAAGAAAUCGUGGUAAAGAAAUUGUCCCGAAACCUCCUGCAGAGCAGAGGGACAGAAGCCCUUUUGCUCUUGAUUUUCAGUACAAGAACGGACAAUGAAACCAAAGCCUCAUGGUCCUUCUGACCUUUUGGGUUUUAGGCAAGAGGUGUCAGGAAAGUGACCACAGGGAUAACUGGCUUGUGGCAAUCUAGCAUUCAUAGUGAUGUACUUUUUGAUCCUUGGAAAAUUGCCGGGGCAAAUUUACUGUCAGUCAACAUGUGCAUCGCAUUGCCAAUCUCAGUUAUAUCGUAUUCACUAAAUGGUAAGAAUUUGCGAAACUGGCUUGGUGAUGAUACUAUAAGAAUGUUGAUAGCAGUGCUCACAAAUGCAUUUUUGUUGCUGAGCUAUGAUCCAAGUAACAGGGGAUAACAAGUUUUUUUUUGGGAAGUAUUGCUUCCUCAGAAUUUUUCUUGUGGUUAUGAAAGACCACUUGAAGCUGAACACGUAUAUAUUUUCAGACUAUUUGUAUAAUGUAGGUAUUUGGAGAAACAAGAAAUUAACCUUUAUUGAAUAUAAUGCAUUUAAUUGAAUAAUGGUACUGAUGCUUUGCAAUGGUUCAGCUAAGUUAAAAAUGCUUUGUUGAUGUUUUUCAUUUGUACUCCAUGUCUGAAGAAUCUCACUUAAGAGUCCAACAAUAAUCAGCCAGUAUUGAUGGAUUCCAGUUGCCCUGAUACCAUCUCUCCAAGACUGCAAUGUCCUAGUGAACCUUUCAACAUGCCUGUCACUGACAGAGAUACAGAGAUAAGUUUUCAGGGAAGAAAUCUAAAUGGGAAUACAGAAAAUGAAUCUUUAGUGACAUGUUGCACUUCAUGGUUUUGUAUCUUUGAAGCAACUGCACAUAGUUAGGUGCUCUGUAGUUAGCAUGAAAGAUUCCAACAGCAUCCUUGAAUGCCUUCCAUGCAGUUUUCUCCGGUGCCACUAGAAGAUCUUCAAGUUGCCUGUCAUUGAAAGCCUGUUUGGUUUGUGAACCAACAGAAGUGCCUUCCUUAAUCUUGGCAUCAGUUAUUCUGGGAAACUUCUGUCUCAAAUAUCAAAAUCCUUCAUGGAAAUUUAUAGCCUUUCUAAAACCUGUCCUGUCAUGCAGUAUCCACUCUGCCUGAGCAUGCUCAGGAAUGACUGGACAAGAUAGAAAACCUUUCAGCUUACGUUGUGGGAAACAUUUCAAUUUACUUGAAUUAUGAAUUGAAAUAACAAAUAGGGGCAAUAUUUUUUUAAAGAAAGAUCCGUGUUAGGGAAAUUUCAUGGCUAUUUUCACAAUCAACAGCUCAAAAUCCAUACAAUACACAUAAAAUUAUUCAGGAAGCAAAGUCUUUGUUGUGCAGUAUAAUUAUCAAAUUCCACAUGAUGUAAGCAGAAUAUUAUACAUGUAUAAAUAAAUUUGUUUGCAGAAUACCUUCCCAAACAUAUUAGCAUAGCACAAAAUUUUCUUCCAAUGAUUAAAGUAUUUGUUUUGAAAUGUUAAAACUCUCUAAAUUUAUAUCAGAUUUAUAUUUGUUUGUUCACGUAUUGAUGGUACAUUCAAAUCCUGAUCAAGUAAUCAGCACCUACAUUUAACAAUAAUGUAAUGCAUUAAUUUAUUUUUCCAUAUUUCACUGUUUAGUGUGUGGUUGCAUAUUGUACAUGUUCUAAUGUCUUCUCUCAAGGGACAGAGUUCUCCCCUCAGAUGAACUUCCCUCGGUCACUUCAUGGCAGUUGAGAUUGGGAACUAUAACAUACACAACUGUAACUGUUCAGAAGCUGGGAGACUAUACAGCUAGUAACACUAUGUCCAGGUAACUCAAAUGAAGAGAAAACACUUAUGAAAACUUCAUUCUCCUCAUGAUCAUUCAGCACACAACUUUAAGGAAAGUAAUACAUUUUGUCAAAGGCAAAAUGCCCUCAGUUGCUGGAAUAGGCAUCUGCACAUGCAUUUAUUUUCUUUUUCAGCUGAUGAAAAUUAGGCACAAUUAAUGGUUUCCUCUAAAUAUGUUCCACAGUAGGACAGUCAAGAACGUGCAUUGAUGGUUUAUGUUAACAUCUAAAUAUUUUGCAAGUUUUUAAAAAUAACUGACAGUUUGAGAUCAUAAGUUUACCAUGGACUCAGAGGAAGAGUUACAAGCCUGAGGGAAACAAAUGGCAAAGCAUUAUCAUUGCUGCUGAACUUGCUGAUGACAGAAAGGGACAGUACAAAAAUAUUGAACCCUCCCUACAGCACAAUAAUGCAAUGUUGUGCCGACCCUUUAACCCAGGGACUCCCAACUUAGAGUCCACGGAUCUCUUGUUUAAUGGUAUUGGUCCACAGUAUAAAAAAGGUUGGGGAAAACAGAUGAAUAACCCUUCCCUCCCACAUUGGCCUCCACUUUCUACCAAAUGUGUACCUAUUUAAGAGCUUCUUUAAAGCAUAUGCCUCUACCACCAUCCCUGGCAGGACAUUCCAUGCACCCACCACUCUUUGUGUAAAGACCUUAUCUCUGUCAACCCCCUAAGCUUUCCUUCAGUCACCUUAAAAUUAAUGCCAGUCACCUGGCAUUAGCACAAAAGAGUUGUGAAAAGGACACAAGGAGGCAAUAGAGGGUACGUGUAGUUUAAGUGAGUACAGAAAGAUUUGCAAAUGGAGUAGAAACUGGAAAAAUAUGAAACUCUGCAUUUCAGCAGAAAAGCAAACACAAAACACAUUAUCGAAAUGCUCAGAAAUGCGGAAGUUCUGAGACGCAAAGAGAACCUGCUGUUCUAGUACAUAAUUUGCAAAAGACGCAAGUAAUAAAGGCUAAAAGAGUGAUAUUGUUUUGUUUAAUUUUGUUUUAUUUAGUGACGCACCGUGGAGUAGGCACAUCCGUCCCUUCAAGCCUCACUGCCUUAGCAAACCCCAAUUAACCCUAUCCUAAUUACAGUGACCAAUUAACUUAUUAACCUUUGGGCCUUUGGAUUGUGGGAGAAACCGGAUCACCCGGGGAAAACCGGGGGAGAAUGUGCAAACUCCUGACAGAGCGGCACUGGGUUUGAAGUCCAAGCUCCGAAACACUCCAAGCUGUAAUAGUGUUGUGCUAAGCGCUAUGUUACCAUGGUUCUUGUUGUCAGGGAAUGUGAGUACAGAAGCAGAAAGGUUAUGUUUCAGUUAUUCAGGCAAAUAAUGAUUCCAGAUUUAGAGUACUGAAUGUGACAUUGGUUCUCUUAUUUCAGGAAGAAGAUUAAACAUUUCAGAGAUUUACUGGACUAACAGAACUGAAGUAGGGCUGUCAGUCCACUCCAAACAUCAGAACAUCAUUUUUACACUAUCAUGCAGUUCACAACCUUUUUCAUGCCAAUGAGCCUUAUCAUGCCAUGAACCCCAGUUUGGGAACCCUUGCACUAAUUCCACCAUUUUAUUUUCUUCCUAUUGAGAAGUGAGUUGAGUGGAGCAUUAUAAUCAUGUGGGGGUUUGAUAAAGUGGAUGUGGAGAGGAUGCUGCCUCUUGUGAGAUAGGAGUCAGAGUUUAAAUACACGGGCUUAUCCAUUUAAGACAGCAAUGAGACUAAACUUAUUUUCUCUCAGAUUUCAAAGUUACAGAAGGGGAAAGCAAGCUAGAUGCACAAUGGAAUAUUUUUAAAACAAAGAUUACAGGCAGGUGCUGAAAAAGUAAUGUGGGAAGAGAGAUACAGAGAUGAAGUUACAAUCAUACCAGCCACCGUCUUAUUAAAUGACAGAGCACACUUGGGUUGCACAUAUCUCCUGUACUUGAUUCUUAAGUCCGUAUGACAGAGAUAGAAAUAAAGGUUUAUGGAUUCAAAGAUCCGAAGUACACGUGCUAUCAAAGUAUGUAUGCGACAUACCACCCCGAAAUGCCUCUUCCCCACAGACAGUCACAACACAGAGAAGGACCAUGGAACCAAACUGUUCAAAGAAAAAUCAUCAAACAUUAACAUGCCUUGUCCCGCCCAUGUGCAAAAAAAUCACACAGACAGCAACAAAAAAAUGAGCAACAUCACAGAAUAUGAAAGCACAAAAUCAAAAGGCAUAUCUCAGUACAGUUCCAAAUUGGAGUCAUAGAGAAGUACAGUACAGUACAGAAAAAGGCCUUUUGGCCCAUUAGUCCAUGCUGAACCAUUUAAACUGCCUACUCCCAUUGACCUGCACCAGAACCAUAGCCCUCCAUAUCCCUACCAUCCAUGUAUCUAUUCAAACCUUUCUUAAACAUUGAAAUCAAGUUUGCAAUCUCUUGCGUUUACAGCUCACUUCAGACUCUCACGACCCUCUGAGUGAAGUUUCCCCUCAUGUUCCUCUUAAACUUCUCACCUUUCACACUUAACCCAUGAUCUCUGGUUGUUGUCCCGCUCAACCUCAGUGGCAAAAGCCUGCUUGCAUUCAGUCUUAUCUAUACCCUUCAUAAUUCUGUAUACCUGUAUCAAAUCUCCUCUCAAUCUUUUACAUCCUAAGGUAUAAUGACCUAGCCUAUUCAAUCUUUCCUAUAACUCAAGUCUUCCAGUCCUGAGACUUUAGGAGAUUUCAUUCCUAAACGGUCAGUUGUCUGAAGUAAAGGAGUUACUGAACUAAAGCAUUUGGCCACUGAUAGGCUGAUGUUAAUUUACCUUC